AGGGCGAGGGGCGAGGUCUGAUCACGUGGGGAAGAUAUCUGAAUGCAAGAGAGGGACUUCGCUUGCUCGCCUCCAGGGAGAAUACAGUGUAUAAAAAAGCCCAGCUCGGCCUGCUCUUCUGCAGUGCUUACCCAGACAGAGAUCAGAAAUGAAAGCUCAGCAGUUCUACGCCGUCGUAGCCUUCGUCUGCAUCGGCAGCAGCGUUAUGGCUCAGGAGAACAAUCUGGCUGCUCUCCUGAAAAAACUGAACUUAACCGACCCCCAAACACAGUUCGAAUUCCUGGGUUACGUUGAUCCGGACACCUUUACCGCCUCCGUUGCUUGCUUGAUUAAGGGUGGUGGGCCAGGCUGUGAUCCAAGGACACCCACUAUCAGGGCUGUUUUGCAAAAACUCUCAGCUAGCAACUAUCAGUGCUCAACCUGUGACGUCGAUACAAGGCGAGCCCUCAACCUCUUCCUGAGAAGUUUCCGCCAUUCAGCGACGCCUCUGCAGUGCAAGAGUCUAGAAGAUGGUCUACAGUUAACCGCACCUUUAUGCUCAUAGUGGUUGCUUCCAUACUUUUAUAUUCCUGUACCACGACUGAGAAAAGAGCCUUGAAGCUUCGCUGGAUGCCACAAAUUUUUAUAAAUGGUGUUAUUUAAAUCAUAAGAAGGAUGAAUGUGUGUUGGAAUGCAGAAUUUCCGAGUUUUUAUUAUUCCAUGACUAGCCAGUUGACCGGGAGAUGUGAACAGAUUGAAAGUUUGCAUUU